CACUGAAGCAUCACACCUCAAAGCUGAGGGAUUUCUCUGAUCUCAUCCACGUGGAAACGUUUGGCUUCCGAGGCGAAGCCCUCAGCUCUUUGUGUGCUCUGAGUGACCUGAGUGUGAUUACCUGCCACGAGUCCAGUCAGGUGGGCACUAAGCUGGUGUUCAACCAGAAAGGCCAUCUUGUGCACAAGUCYCCUCAUCCCAGGCAGCAGGGCACCACAGUCGUCCUGCAGCAGCUCUUCUACACGCUGCCCGUCAGGCACAAGGAGUUCCAACGCAAUAUUAAAAAGGAGUAUUCCAAAAUGCUGCAUGUCCUGCAGGCGUACUGCAUCAUCUCUACAGGAGUACGAAUCACCUGCUCCAACCAGAACGGGAAGGGGAAGCGCAGCACCGUCCUCAGCACCAGCGGCAGCCAAAGUUUGAGAGACAAUAUCGGAGCCAUUUUUGGACCAAAACAGGUUCAGAGUCUUUUACCCUUUCAGCAAGUGUCUCCGACUGAAAAUAUAGUUGAAGAAUUUGGACUUCAAGAUGCAGAUCUGCCCAAACAGCGUUUUUUAAUCUCGGGGUUUGUGUCGAGGGGUGACCACGGGGUCGGGCGAAGUGCCACAGACAGGCAGUUCUUUUUCAUCAACAACCGGCCGUGUGACCCUGUAAAGGUCACCAAACUUGUGAACGAAGUUUAUCACACGUACAACAGGCACCAGUAUCCGUUUGUUGCCUUAAACAUAGCUGUCGCCUCAGAGUUUGUGGAUGUGAACGUAACUCCGGACAAACGACAGAUUUUCCUCCAAGAGGAGAAACACUUGUUGGCUGUUUUAAAGACUUCCCUCAUCACCAUGUAUGAAGCUGGAGUCAAUAAGAUCAGCCUGAACUUUACACUUCCAGCCAUUACAUCAUCUGCGUCUGAAGCAGUUGUUUUGUCGGAUGAGAACAAGGCAGARCCAGGAGAGAGCGUCCAAACACCCAAUCCAACCUCAAAGUCAUCCAUGAACCUGGCCGCCCUCAAAGCUGCUUUUUCAAACCCCACCGGCACCAGUUCUGGGAACAAGUCGAGUAAAGAAAAACCUGGUCCAACUCAAAAAACGCUGCAGUGUUUCUUCAAGGAUUCUGCAAAACYUGCUUGCAGCCCAAGCAAGAAGUCUCCUUUAAAACCCACAGGGAAGGAAGUAAAUUCCUCACCAACAGGAAGGUCUGUUCUGGAUGGAUUUAGGUACGAGGGAAGUGAGAAGGCGUCUAAAAAAGACGGAGCGGCGUCCGCUCAUGUCUUAACAGCAUGGGCACCAGACGUGCAGCAUUCUGACCCAGAGUUCAGCUCUGUUAAAGAGGAGUCAUUUGUUUCAGAAGCAUACACUAAUCAUCCUGUUCCUGAGGAUCCAGAACUACAGACUGAAGAUUUAUCUACUGAGGCGUCCACACUAAGUCCUGAAGCCAAAAGAGCCAGGACAGAGGAGCAGCGUUUCACUGCAGAACAAACAUCGGACUCUUCUCCAGCCCGCUGUGAUGCGUCUCCCUCUGCGGUGGACGCCCCCGUCAGCCUGCAGAGGAGGACGAGGCAGUUACAGUUCUCGCUGAAGGAGCUGUCAGCCAACAUGAGGAGGCUGCUGGAGCAGAAGAGACAAAGGUCCAGCGAGGAGCUGCAGUACAGACGCUUCAGGGCCAAGAUCAGCCCCGGAGAAAACCAGAGUGCCGAGGACGAGCUCAAGAAAGAGAUCAGCAAAGAAAUGUUUAAAGAAAUGGAGGUCAUCGGCCAGUUUAACCUGGGCUUCAUCAUCGCCAAACUGAACUGGGACAUCUUCAUCGUUGACCAGCAUGCCACAGAUGAGAAAUACAACUUUGAGAUGCUGCAGCAGCACACUGUACUCCAAGGACAGAAACUUAUAGUCCCACAGAAGCUUCACCUGACUGCAGUCAGUGAGAACACGCUGAUGGAAAACAUUGAGAUUUUCCAAAAGAAUGGAUUUGAGUUCCUAAUUGAGGAAGAAGCUCAGGUGAUGGAGAGAGUGAAGCUGGUCUCGUUGCCCACCAGUAAGAACUGGACCUUCGGCCCAGCUGACAUCGAAGAGCUGAUCUUCAUGCUGAGUGACAGCCCGGGCGUCAUGUGCCGCCCCUCCAGAGUCCGGCAGAUGUUCGCCUCCAGAGCCUGCCGCAAAUCAGUGAUGAUUGGCACGGCUCUGAGCGUCAGCGAGAUGAAGAAGCUUUUGGUUCACAUGGGGGAGAUCGAACAUCCGUGGAACUGUCCUCAUGGCCGGCCUACCAUGAGACACCUCGUCAGCCUGAACAUCCUCUCACAAAAKUGAUGCU